AUGGCAGUCCGUUGGCUGGAACACCUCCACGCGCGAGAAACGCAGAAACGACGACGCUCGCGCGACGAAGAGUGGUUCUCCCACGGGGAAUCGUUCAACCCUACGGAUUUAGGCGCCAUGCUCAUGUCCGUCGCCGGGUUUACGUUACCGUCGAAAGAGGAAAUCGAGCAGUCGUUGAAUACGUUUUGGAACCGAUGGAUGUUUUUUGGAGGAGGACAUUUUGGACAAAAUCAUCAACAAAGCGUGUCGAUGUAUUUUAUGGUGUUCGCCUCGUGUAGCUUCGUUUUGACGUUACUUUUAGUCGUCUUGCUCGGGAUGAGGUACGAUUUUUCGAGAUUGGCGAUUAUUUUGAAAGAAGCGGUGAAGUCGUCGAGGCAGAACGUGUCCGCGAACUCCGUGAAAUCGAUUUGGUUUACGCUCAGUUCGCUCGUGUUUGCGAGAGAAUUGAUGAAGGCGGUGAAACGCAGAGUGUUUAAGAGACGAUUGAGAAGACAGAGAGAGUUAAGGCGACGGCUGAAUCAACAACAGCAGCAGCAACAACAACAAGAACAACAGUCUCUUCAGCAAAGAGAACGGGAAGGAGAAGGAGGUUCGGGGGAGCGCUCCGAGAAUAUCGACGCCGGUAAUACUACCGCCGGCGCGCGAAGACGGUUGGAAAAAAUUGUGGAGGAGAACAAUAAUAAUAAUAACAACAAUAAUUCGAGCAGCAAAACGACGGACGUGCAAGAAAUCAGCGGCGAAGAUGAUGAAGGCGAGGAACAGAACAGAGCGGCGUCUUCUCCUUCGCCAAAGGCGGCGCCCAAGGGUAACUUGCCGAGACGAGGGUCCAUGCUUGGUUUGUUCGUGAAAGAGUCCAGGAAACACUCGCACCAAGAGGCUUUCUUUGACGUCGCGAACGAGCGAACGACGUUUAAAGGUGCCGGGGUGGAUAAUCCGGACGUUGUACAAAAAUUAGAUUACGAAAAGUUUCGAGACCGAUUAGCCACGGGCGAACUCUCCGCCGCGGCGAAGAAGAACCAGAAAAACAACAACGAUAACCCUAGGUUUUUUGAAGACGAACAGGUACCAAAGUGCGAUUACGGCGAGUGGCAGGAGAUGAUGCGCAAAGAAGAUAAAGAAACCGGGAGCACGUACGUCGCUUGGCGUCACAUUCUCCCGUACGGUGGGACGGAAUACCUCUCGAAAUCGACGUUUCAAAACUGCACGCCGGAAGAGUUGUGCGAUUUCUUCAACUCGGACCAAACUAGAAAAGCGUGGGAUCCUUUACUCAUAAAAUCAGAAAUCAUCGAAAGAGACGUGAACACUGGUGCGGAUCUCGUGUAUUGGGAGCGGAAGUUACCGGUGAUUUCGAAUCGCGAUUACGUCUUUUCUCGACGCACGUGGACGGAGAAACAGAAAAGUCCCGCGAAUCAAAUGUUUGACGAUUUGACGCCGCCGACGACGCCGAUGAAAGGAGGAGGGAUGAGAUCGGCCGCAGAUUUUUUGUCCCCUUCUACCAGUAAGAAUAAUAAGAGCGUGUACUUCUCCAUCACGAAAGGGAUGAGUCAUCCGAACGUUCCAAAAUCGAAAAGAGUUUUGCGCGUCGAUCCGUAUUACUCGGCGUGGAAAAUCGAAGCCGUUCCUGAUUUCGAGAACGAGGAUGAAGUGCGCGGCUUAAAGCCGUACACCGCGGCAAGAUGUACGCUCAUUCACUUUGAAGAGCAGCACGUGCAACACGACGUCGCGAGACUCGCGGUGAGACACGGUAUGUGGUCCGUCGUGAAGCCUAUGAUUCGCGGGUUCCGCGCGUUUCAACGAGUUCGAGAGACGAAGUUUAUCGAACAAGAUUCCGGUGGCUUUAAUCGAAGAGACCAAGACAUGCUCGAAGACGUCGUUCACGAGAAACAAGUCGGAUUUAGAAUGCGAAAAGAAUUAGGAAUGGCGAUGAAAACCUUCGUGGUCCCAAUGCUUGUAGGCUUUUUGCUCGCGAAGCAAAGCUUUGGCGGCGGUUCGGAUAUAAACAAAUUAGACGUGGUCGGGAAGCUUUUACGCGCGCUCGAGAGGAAAGCAAACAGAGGAAGAGGUGAUGGUUCGAGGAAGAAUAGCAGUGCUAGUAUCGUUGAUACUUCUGUUGUUCCUUUGUCGUCGAUUCCGUUCUCCAUGGAAUCGCCGCAAAUUAAUUUAGAAGUCAGAUGA